UUUUGUUAGAAAGUUUACUUUAGCUGAGAUUCAAAAAAAAAAGAAAAAAAAGAAAAGACUGAUGAUCUAAUACUGUGUUUAUUCUGGACAGCAGGCAUCAUAAAACAGGCCACCUUCAUAACGUCUACAAAAACAGCUCAGACGUCAGCUGCGUGCGCGUUCACGACCCCUAAGUAAACCGCCGCGUUCUCUCUGACGUCACCGCCCUCUGAUCGGUUCAUCCAGAAAUCCCUGAUAACGCGAUGCGCGUUCCCGCUCAGCUCUGAAUGGGGGCUCAGUCCACAAAGCUUGUGACAGCGAGUCCAGUAGUAUAAUCGUAGACGGCGCUCAUCCAGUCAGGUCCGCUGCUUUCAGACACACCGGUAGUCAACGGCUCUGCUCCUCCGCCCGGCAAGUUAGUGUUACUGACGGGCGGAGCUGUCUCUGUCUGUCCAGGAAUGAGAAAUGAUGGCCGGCUCUACAGCAGAGGAGAAAACCUUCCGACGGUUCCUGGAGCUCUUUCUUCGGGAGAUGAGAAUGCCUCUGCAGGAGAGCGACCCGGUGCCGAUGCGCCCCUUGUCGGACCUGGUGACUGAGGACGAGGUGGAGGGGGAAUGCCUCGACCUGUGUCUCCAGCACCUCUACAAAUACAACUGUCCCUGCUCCCUGGCUGCAGCCCUGGCCAGAGCCACAGCAGACAGCCUCCUGCAGACUGACCUCUCUAUCCACCACCUCAAUAAGACUGUAGAAGAUGGAGCUGACCCAUUACCACAGAUGGAGUCUGUGACGCUAGCCCGGCUGGUGUUUAAUAGACUGUUUGAGAUGUGCUGCCUCUGGAUGAAGGAGCUGCCCUUCCACCGCCGUCCACAGCCGUACUACGAGACUUCCAUCCACGCCAUCAAGAACAUGAGGCGCAAGAUGGAGGACAAGCAUGUCAUCAUUCCCGACUUCAACACACUCUUCAACGUUCAGGAUCAGGAAGAACAGGCUUACUUUGCUGUCUUUGACGGUCAUGGCGGUGUGGACGCUGCCAUUUAUGCUGCCAACCACCUCCACGUCAACUUAGUUCACCAGGAAUCCUUCAGCCAGGACCCCAUCGAGGCCCUCUGCAAAGCCUUCAAAGUCACUGACGAACGCUUUGUGAAGAAGGCCUCACGAGAGCACCUGCGUUGUGGCACAACAGGCGUGGUGACGUUCCUGCGGGGUCGGAUGUUGUAUGUGGCCUGGCUGGGAGACUCCCAGGUCAUUCUGGUCAGGAAAGGACAGGUUGUGGAGCUGAUGAAGCCACAUAAACCAGACAGAGAGGAUGAGAAGCUGAGGAUUGAGGCUCUGGGAGGCUGUGUGAUCUGGUUUGGCACAUGGAGGGUUAACGGCAGUCUGUCUGUAUCCAGAGCAAUAGGCGACUCCGAGCACAAGCCCUACAUCUGUGGUGAUGCAGAUCAUGGUAUCUUCCCAUUGGACGGUUCAGAAGACUACCUGAUUCUGGCCUGUGAUGGUUUCUGGGACACAGUGAGUCCAGAUGAGGCGGUGCGGGUGGUCAGCGACCACCUCCAGGAGAACACUGGAGACACCACCAUGGUAGCCCACAAGCUGGUGGCCUCAGCCCGUGAUGCGGGCUCUAGUGAUAAUAUCACUGUCAUAGUGGUCUUCUUGCGGGACCCACGCUCCCCACCACCCACCGGCACAGAGGAUGACGAGGAGGGUGUGGUGGAGGGAGGGGUGGAGGAAGAGGAGGUAGCGGAGGCGGAGGAACAGGAAGAGGGGGAGGAGGAAGACAAGGCAGUCAGGGUAGAGCGCGACGGUGGCGAGGGAGGCAGCACUGCGGACAUGGGGGGGAAGGGUCGCGGAGGCUGGCCCCUGCAGCAGUGCUCGGCCCCCGCUGACCUCAGCUAUGAAGACCGAACGGACUCGUUCACGGACAGAACUAGCCUUAGCCUGUUGGGGCCGUCGAUGGAGGGCCGCAUCUCCCUGACCCAGGGCUCAUGGCAGCCCUGCUCCGACUUUAGCCAUGACCUCUUCACAACUUCCCACAUCUACCGAGAAGAACGCCCACUGAGGCGCAGGUCCUGUAUCCCUUUUCAGGAGGCCAGCAUCUCUAGCUUCACGGACCCACUGUGGCCCCAGACAGCCAUGCUGUUAGGCCAGGCAGUGAGGCGAAGCCGCAGGCUCGGUUAUGGUAGUCGCCGGUGGGGCCGGAGGUGGCCAGGCACAUCCAAGGAGCUGCUAGGCCUGUUACCAUCCGGCCACUUGCUGCCCUACAGGCAGCGCGACUCCAACCGGAGGCCUGGAGUGGCAGUGCCUCAACUGCCCUACGAUGCCACCAUCUAAAGAGGUGACCCCAAACCAAUCCAUCUCCUUCACUUAUUCAGUCCUGCUCCCUGCCCCUCAGGCAACCCACCUACCCACCCACCCACCUCUGCCUUCAACAACACGUCUUUCUUUGAUAGUAGGUAGUUGUGGCCCCUGCAGUCGUUACGUGAUUAUUGAAUUGCUGUUGGAGGAGUGGUGCUCUCUGUCCUAAGCCGAAAUGUUUCCAAAUGUAAGCUGGCCCACUAAACACAAGCACUGCUCCUUAAUGUUGUAGGUAACGCGCAAAACUGCGUCUUCUCCAAUGUGACCAUUGAUCAGUCAACGUGAAGCCAGUGCUGGAAAUGCAGGUUAAUAAGAUGUGUUCAGACUGAACGUGUAAUGAAUCUUAGAGGCUGCACCAUUGUAUACAAAGUCCGUGAAAAGACCGUAAAGGACAAGAACAGACACAGUUUACUGUCUCGAGCUGUGUGACUCUACUUCAUGAACGGGGAUAAGGGAGAGGGUUUGGAGGCAAAUAACAGAAAGAACUGGAGUUCCAGGUAAAUUUUAAAAACAAUUGCCUGGACUCUGAGCUGUCACAUAACGUACUUUCAGUGUGUGUUGUUAGCUAGCUGGAGCUUAAGUCUGAAUUGGACUACGAGAGCUCUUCAGCGCCAAGCGUCAAAAAGAUCACUUGCAUUCAGUCUGAACACGUGUUGAAGUUUAAUUGAUAUGCUUGGUCGCUCAACACUCUCGGCAGCGUCUUUAGACACAUAUUAUGGAUUUUGGACAGGAAGAAAAGGCGUGUUUUAUUUAUUGCUCUCAGAUACAUGCAGAAACAAAAAAUUUAUCUCAACACUUAUUGACCUAAUAAUUACACCCAUAUGUGAUAGCUGAACAUGUCAUAAAAAACCAUGAGCAACCAUGUUAUAACAGCCUCCACUCUUCUUUGAAGGCUUUCAUCAAGAUUUUGGAACCUGGCUGCAGGGAUUUGCUCCCUUUCAGCCUCAACAGCAUUAGCGAGGUCGGAAACAGAUAUUGGGUGAAACUAGAGCUGAUCGAUUUUUAGGGGAAUACCGAUAUCAAUAUUUGAGAUCCAAAACAACACAUCCUCUGAUUUUGUUUUUUUAACAUGAUCACAAAACUUACGAUAAACGUUUUUGAUAAGGAUCCCUUAAAUUAGAUAUUAAAUAAAUUAACAUUUAAAAUUUGAAAUCUAAACUUGUUAGUGCUCCCUGGUGGACAAACUAUGUACAGUAAUAGAGACACAGUUUUUAAUGACUUCAAACAUGUUUUUGGCAUUCUGUACUGUAAUUUCUUGUGACUUUCCGGAUGAUAUAUAUGCCACUACUCAGAUAUGUUUGUUAAGCUAAUAUUAGCCAAAUAUUGGCCAUGCCGAUGAAUCUGUCGUGCUCUAUUUGAAAAAGAAAUGAGCCCCAAACUGUUCACACAAAGUUGAAUGCACCUUUGUCUAAAAUAUCAUUGUAGCUGUACAGCAGCAUUUAGAUUUCCCUUCAUUGGAGCUAAAGGAGAUCAAACCUUGACAAACAGCCCUAAACCAAAAGUACACAAAAUACUUUUUAUAUAAUCACUUAAUGACUCAUCCACAUACAUUUUCCUGUGCAUCCAAGAGAAAGGACAGCCUUCUAAGCCAUACCAGCAAAGUGAAAGAGGUUGAGUGCAUGAUCACUCAGCUUUAUAAUUUCUCUUUCCUCUGUUUAACGUUGCUCAAGUGUAAAUGCAGGUUGAUGUGACACAUCUUUCGUCUUACUGUCGAGAAUGUUGAGCGACCAAGCAUUAAAUUGAGAUCUAAUGGCCCUAGCUCACCUCUUUGUCACCCUCAGCAAUCCCCUGUUGGCAGAUGAAUAAAGUUCAUCGAGGAGGCCGGAACAAUUGCAGCUCCUGGUUUCUGGGAGUGAAGGCACAUGCUGUUCUUCCCCCUCCCAUACAGUCAAUGACCCAGCCAUUAUCCAGCCACAAUUUGUCUACAGAUAAAAGCACUUAACACUGGAUUAUAAAAGAUUAGCAGUCACUUACCUGAAUAAAUGCUUCAUGUAGUCCAGUAUUCCAGAUGGGGGGUUACACUAAAACCAUUGAACAGAAGUAUCAGCAGGCUUGAUAAGUGCAAACCAUUUCAUGUUGGGCCAGGAUAGUUGAACGCUGCAGAACACGUGCCUUCCAUAUGUGUUACUAAAGCCUACUUCCUUUACACACAUAUUCACUAAUUACUAAAUUCAUGUGAUAAUAUCACCAUUAAAGACAAGUCUGGCUUGUGCUUUCAGUCGGGUCAUAUUAUGACUUUAAAAGGCCACUUUAAAGGAAUAGUUCGACAUUUUGGGAAAUACGUAUAGUCGUUUUCUUACCAAGAGUUAGAUGUGAAUAUUGAUACUACUCUCAUGAAUGUAAACUGAAUAUGAAGCUACAGCCAGUAGCUGAUUAGCUUAUCUUAGCAUAAAGGUGGAAGCAGGGGGGAACAGCUUGCUUGGCUCUCUACAAAAGGUAAAAAAAAAUAGCUUUAGCCUCUCUUUUAGCAGACUGUAUGUAGCCAUCAAGUGCAUAUUUAAGAGCCUUUUCAGGGCUCUUGUUUCAAAAUCAGCGACAGUUGUCUUCCAGUCUACAUACUGAAGCAGGAGGAAACCGCUAGCUUGGCUCUGCCAACAAUUUGUGGUUAUUAUGUUUCUGUUUGUGUACAGAUUAAACAAACAACAUAUACUGUUUAAAAUAGUGAGCUUCAGAGGUGCUGGUAGGUGGAUUUAGUUACCUUUGGACUGAGCUCUUUCCAGUCUUUAUGCUAAGCUAAGCUAACCGGCUGCUGGCUGUACAGUAGCUUCGUAUUUAGCGUACAGACAUGAGAGUGGUAUUAAACAAGAAAGAAAGUGAAUAAGCAUGUUUCCCAAAAUGUCCUUUAAGAUUCAUAGUCCUUCAAAUAACAUGAAGAGAAUCUGCACAUUUGAUUGCCUCAGUAGCCUGAGGUAAGAGAGCAGCGUUUUCUAUCUGUAAAUAAAGUCGUGGCCCCUCCGCAACAAUACUACACAGCAAACAUCCCAGUCAUCACUAACUGCAAGAUAUCUCCCACUGUCAGAGUAAUCCACUGAGGCUGGCUCCCAUGGCCCCACAGCGCCUUUAUAAUUGGGUCUUUCUUUGAUCUGAUCUAGAUUCUUCAAUGAGAGAGGGAGUGCCCCCCUCUCUGCUGUCUAACACGCUGCUGACAGUGCUGCACUUCAGUUAUGUUAGCAACUCAGUCUAUAUGCCAUCGUUCAUAAGACUGCACUCGUCUGUAACAACUGGCUAAGACAAAAGUCAGUUUUCCAUCAAUAUUCAUUGGUUUCAUAUCGCUUAACACCAAAUAUGGUGGGCAGUCCAUUCAAUGGAGUUUCUCUUUAAUGCUAAUUCAUAAUCAUAAUUAACAAACUACUAUGUAAUCAUCAAAUCAUAAUCCUCCUACUGAUUUAUAUCAUAAAAUAUAAUAGCAUCCAUACCCAGUUAACUUGGUGAGACUGUGCUUUAAAUGUUUCUUUCGAAUACACACAAUAGCAUUAUCAUAACUGUAUCUAAUCAUACUUGAUGACUGUAAACUAACUAUACCACACAACUGCUUUGAAAACUAUGAAAUCGUAGGUAAACCCUGACCCUCCCACAAGUUCCUAACUCUGAUUGUCAGUCACUUUCACUUUCAAAAUACUAAAAAUGCCCCUGUUCCCAUUGACACACUUAAACUCCUUUGGUUGCCUCUUUCUGCUAUAUAUUUAAUUCGCUGUGGGAGCAAUUGACUGUUCUCUAAGCCCCGCCCCCAAUAGUUACUGUUGCAAUGCCUGGCUAGCUUUGCGCAGUAUAUAUGCAGUUAAAAAUGAUAACAUGGCAGAUUUACCACUCGAAAUUCUUAGUACUUUUUGGAACAAUGAGACCAUGAUUUCACACAGACAUUAAACAAAAGCCACUUUCCAUUUCUGGUUGGCAACCACCAAUUUUGGCUGAAAUAACAACUGACGCUAGCAUAUUUUAUCCUAGCUAGCUAGCUAAUUAGCAUUAGCUCUGAGAGUUGCUGAGAGUUGGUUGAAAAUUCUGUUUCCGGUUGAUUUUGAAACAGGAACCCUGUAAAAGGGUCUUAAAUAUGCCGUUGAUGGCUACAUAGUGUACAUGACAUGAUGCCAAAAGACUGAGGCUAAAGCUACAAGUCCCAGGCAAAAAGUUAGCUAGCAUCCUCACCAGUUGAUGAUCCAUGCAAAACACAUGUAAGUAAUGGAGCAGCAUUGUUCUUGUACUCAGGGUAGAGCUACUUAUCCCCAGUAUUACAUACAAUACAGUAUGAUAAGCGAAAAUGUAAGAUCAGACAAAAAUGUUGUUGACAUAACCCUGUUGGAAUGCUUAGCUUAGGGAAAAACAUACUUGGACAAGCAACAUAGAGGUUAUGAUGGUUAUGAGAUUUAUGCUUUGUUUGUUUUUUCAAACAGUAUGUUGUCAUUUUUAACAUUACAAGAGAAAAGGCUUAGAGGAUGAGGACUAACUGAGUUGUUUGGAAAAUGUAAAGCUAUCACAGGUGAGAUUGGGCUGGGGUUGCUGGGGUGUAAACCUCCACAAAUCAGAGCAGAGUUGCUAACGUUACACUGAGAUAUAGUAACAUCCGGUACCGGCUCCAACACAGUACUUCACACUAGAUGUCCCAGUCCUGAAGGUGGCUUUUCUAACAUAAACUGUAACCCCACAAAAUAAUGUAGUUAGCUAAUGAUGUUUUGCUUGGCUUUGGAAGUAACGCUACGUUAUUGUUACUACUGUAAGUAGUAAGCUAUUUAGCCAUACAUGCUAACGUUUGCUGCUUACAUUAGCGCAGACAAACACACUGUUUUAUCUUUCCUUACACUUUUCUCUUGUGUUUUUGAGUUUGGAAAGGCUAAAAAAUUACCAUAUAACAAGUACCACUUUUACUACAGCCCCAUGCACACCGUUUCAACAGUUUGACAGACCUGCCGUGCCUAGUUACGGUUGCUAAGAUAUGAUUGGACAAUCACUGUUCAAGGGUGGGGUUUACCGAACAGUCAUUUUGACACAUGAACAUUCCCUAACAUUGUAACAUGGUCAUUCCCCAUUCUUUGUUUGAUGCAGUGACUUUUCAAAUGUCAGGAUGUUAUAGUAAUGACCAGGUUCUGUAAAUCGUGCCUCCACUUUCCUGGCCCAGUCCCUGGCUGAUGAAACACCCAGAAGAUGUGAUAUCAAAACAGAUGAUUCAUCAGACAACAGGUACUGGUUUGUCAUUCUUGACACAUCCCAUCACCUCCCCCUUUCGGACUUGCUGGUAGAUGGGGGACUCACCUUGGAGCAAAAGCUUCAUUGUUUCAUUGCACUCACCUGUAACCAUCCUGCGGACUGUCUUGUGAAGAGCAUCAGACUGUCAGUGGAGCAGAAUGUACCUCAUGUCCCAGAACGUCCUCAGAGACUCGGUGAAGUGGGUCAACAUGAGGUGGUGUCUCUUUGGGAGAUUCUUCUUUCCGGGGGCAUCUAUCUAUGAGGAAUGUACUGUCGAGACUCUCAACAAACUAAAGCCACUGGAUCCCUUUGUGGAAGUAUCACAACAGUCACUGUCUCCAGAAGCGUUGGUUGACACCUGAAGAAGAUGGGUGAAGUAUCAGAAAACAAUGGAAAUCAAAGUAAUUUCAAAUAUUCACUUAGACACAGAUGCGUAUGUAUAUUAGGAGUACUAAUUGUGAGUUGAGUGAGUGCUGGAGGAGUGUAUAUAUAAUAAUUCUGUCUUGUAAAUCAGUGGUUUUAAUCCAUGCUCCACGAGGCCCAACUGGGUCAGAUAUUGACUUGAUAUUGACCCAAAUCUCCCACCACCAGACUGAGGUGGAGGUGAGGAUGUGAUGUUAUUGAACCGCUUGAGAGGCAUCAGUCUAUAAACGCUGCCUCUGCCUUCAAGAACUGCUAAAGUAUAAAAAGGUGUUGAACCAGUCUGGCUUUCACUGGAGAGUUGUAGUGUCCUAUCAUGGCCUAGCUGCUGUUUCACCCUGCUUUCUUACCCUGACAUGAAUAAAAAUCCUGGGAAAACAUACAUAAAGAUGUUAAUUAUCGGCUUAAAAUACUGUAUCUCCAGUCUUCAGCUUCGAUUUAAAAUGUUUUAUCAGUACCAGCCUUAAAAAAAAAAAAAACGUCUUGCCAAUCAAAUUAUAUCAGUAGUUUGUAGGUUUUCAUUCCAACUCUGCAGGUGUUAGAUGAUUAGCAUGGCGUUGAUUAGAGAUGAGGAACACAUGAGUGAACUGAACUGCUGUGGUUUUUUGGGUAAAAUGGAGUUUAGGCUUCACUUCUUGCAAGUAUUUUAGAUAACAGAUUAGAUAUUUUACACAGAUCACACAGGGCAGUAAACUCUAGAGGAGCAGACCUGCCAAGAAGAAAGAAUUUUCUGAGGAUCUUGUUAUAAUGACAAAGCCUUCUCUUUAAAAUGAGAAGCUUGUAUCAAGAGUCUUUACGCAUAGUUAUAAACAAGGACAAUGGUUAGUUUUAGGUUGGACUUGUUCUAGUUUCUAUUCCAAGUGGUGCUUCUUUUACAGGGGGACAUUCUUUGAAUAGGAGGGCUUCACUACAAAACUUCUCAUUAGAACAUGAUUUUAUUUCUUCUUACAAUUAGAUGCUUUGUCAUUAUAACAAGAUCUUUUUUUGUUGUGUUUUUUUGUAAAUGGUGGCAGUUCUGUGCCGCCAUAGAAAACUGCUCCGUACAGAUUGAAGCAUGUUGUACUUGUGGCCGGACCUCAGAGCAGCUGAGCAGUGCAGCAGUAGUUUUCUGUCGCCCGUGAUUCACUGUUGAUUUUAUCAAAUCACUGAUGUAGUUUCACACCAGCUCUUCAGUGUUGAUAGGAAGCUCAGCGCUGCACUGGCGGGAAAGAUGUACCACAACAGUGCUCAGUGACAAAGAUCCAUGGGUUGCUUUCACCAAAACCCUGUGAAAUAGUUAUACAGUGUUACUCAUCAUAUUGCAAAUCGCCAGAAGUUGUCACUGUAUGAGCAAUAAAAACGUUUACCAUCAUUCCUUGUGGUAAAUCCUCUACCUAAGCUCAAGAAACCCACACUUCCUCCCUCACUCACGCUCUGCUUGCACUAAAGCUUCCUCUGAGUCGGAUGUUUCCCUCCCCUGAUGAUGAAAGCAAGCAGAAGUUCAGCUCUGCUCUCCCAUAAUCACUGUCUAACUAUAGGGUCCUCCAUGAAUCUGCACUGUGUGUCUAUGUACACAAAAAAGCUUUUUCUUUUUCUCUGUAAGCAAUAAUGACGUUUCAUUAAAAGGCUCUCUGAGGGUUUGUCUUCUGCUGAAGGAUGCAACAAAAUAGUAGUUCUGUCAGCCAUACUUGAAAGGUCACAGUGCAUAAAUGCUGAGUUCCUGAAGUCAAUUUCCCAUUCAUUUUCCCCAUAGAGAGUAGGAUUAAGAGUCACAUUCUGCUGCCUGUGGUAAAGUUUACUUUCACUUCACCUUCUGUGGCCAGCUAGCUAAACUUAAAUGAUCUGCAUGUCCAUGAAAAAAUGAAUGUGAAGCUUUCUUCCUCAGCAGUUUGUGUACAUUUGAAAAGUUUGCCUGGAGUUUGGACUUUUUGGUCCUGUGCACUCUGUUCAAAUGUAAUAUGUAAUGUGGAAGAGGGGGAAGAAGAUCACUGAGGGCUGUGAUUGGUCCAGGCCAUCUCCUUGUCCUCCAGUCGUGAAGACAAACCCCAUGAUUGGCUCUUCUUCAACACGCAGGUUAAGUUAAAAUAAAUUAAAAAAAAACAGUAAAACACACCUUGAGUACCUGUAUUAUUUGUGUUCCUGUAGUAUAUAAAUAUGUGUAUUGUAACUGGUGACUAACUAUCAUGUAUAUAAAGAUUAGACCAAG